AUGUCUCGUCCAUUUCCAUACACGUAUAUAUCAUGUCCUUGUGCGCAGCAAAGCAGACCGGCGGGCCUCCCGAAACGAAUAUCUCGAGAGUUCUCGCCGAGGAAACAAUCGUCUCCGCGUAAGACUGCGCAAAACGUACAAAAGCAGCAAGAUGGUUCCGACUUCGGUGUUGAAGAACAAGAACAAGAACAAGAUGAUGAUGAUGACGAAGCCGAGCAGACGUUUAAUCCGAGAUCACCCCGUGCGAAUUUCUCCCUGUAUCCACCAGAACAACUCCUAUAUUGUGAGGACUGCCAUCAGAUUAAAUGCCCGAAAUGCAUCACAGAGGAGAUAGUGUGUUGGUACUGUCCGAACUGCCUCUUUGAAACGCCGAGCAGUAUGGUUCGAAGUGAAGGGAAUAGGUGGGUUAUAUCCCAUAUCGCAAAGCUGUUUAGGAAACGCAUGGAAUAA